AUGCCUUGGCCUAGUGACAUCUUAUUAACAGACGUCUCGGCUGCCUGUGAGAACACGCCGGAAGCCCUUCGGAUGAUAGAGAUCGCGGAUGACCUCGUCCGCAGCAUCCAUGGCCUGGAGAUGGGGGUCACUCGUCCGCUGGUGGAGUGGGUCGACACACCGGCGCUCAGAAGGUCAGGAAAGCACAUGAUGAGAUGCCUGAGCUUGUCCACGCGGCCGUUCAAAGAAUCCCAACAGUCGCUCCAGUCCCGACGUCCGGACUCCGAGGAGGACUUGAACAUCGUCGAGAACCUCCUCCUCGACCCUGUCUUGACUUACGAGGACGUCCAUGCCUUCCUCAUCGACGUUUUCUUCGCCGGGAUUGACACGACCUCCCUCUCCUCCACCUACACCAUAAUGAGACUGGCGCAGAACCCAGACAAGCAAGAAAAAUUACAGGAAGAGCUAGACCGUGUUCUGGGAAACGGCGAGCAAGUCAUCAGUCCUGACCAUAUAAAGGAACUCCGGUAUCUGAAGGCCUUGUGUAAGGAGGCUCUAAGUUAUAGAAAGAUGGCAUGGAGUAUAUGCAAGGAAAACGGCCUAACACCAUCUGGAUAA